AUGAAUUCAGCAUUUCGAUUCUUAGCAAUCAUCACGUUUUUCUACAUAAGUCAUGCUCAUAAUGUUGUUGCUCGUAAAACAAAGGAUUGGUAUGAAAAUCAAGCUCAGUUAUAUUCACACGAUGAAGGCUGGAACGAGGGUGAAAAGCAAACGCUGGAUAGAAUCUACUCAUCGUGUUUGAAUUGGUUAAAUGCAUCUUUUGGGCAACACGGAGAGGAAUAUUCUGUAAUGUUGGAUGUCGAUGAAAAUAAUCACAAUCUUUUAUCAUUAUGUGGAUACGACUCAUUAUUUUGUGGAGAUAGUUGUUUCACGGGUGUAGCUAUUCAAAAUAUCGAACCAUAUACGGGAAUGAAGUAG